ACUCCGAGGUAUACCAAGAUAUCACCAAGUUAAACCAAAACCUACUACUCCGAGGUAUACCUAGAUAUCACCAAGUUAAACCAAAACCUAGUACUCCGAGAAAUAAAAUGUUGAAAAGGAUGGAAAACUCCGAUAUAACUGAGCAGCUGGAGUGCCAAGUGAGAAACAUGUUAGUUCGGAUACAAAGGGUUGAGAAGGUUGGAGAGGAAGAUGUUGUGUUAGCUCAAGCAAAAUGGAGAACUCUUGAUAUUCUCGUUCUUCCACAUUCUAUUAUCUUUAGUGACAGAGACGGAGUAGAUGAAGGAGAAGGAGGAGAGGGAGUAGAAGGAGGAGAUGGAGGAGAUGGAGGAAGAGAGGAAGUUUAUAUAUCCGGAGAAUCCUAUAUUCAACAUGGUAGGGUUGAUAACCUACUCUGGAUCCAGGCUAUACCUAAGAUAAACACUAGGAGGGUUUAUAUCCAGGUAUCUGUGGAGGGGGAGAGGACGGAUAUAGAGAAUAUUCACAACGCUUUAUCCAGGUUUAGGAAACCAGGGAGGAAACCUCUCCUUGUUUUUAUAAAUCCAUUCUCAGGGACGAGACGAGGUUUGGAGAAAUGGAAGACUGUUGCAGGAAUAGUCUCCGGGUCGGGGUUAGAGUACAAGGAAAUCAUAACCGAGAAGAGAAACCAUGCUCGUGAUCUAAUACAGAACAUGGACCUGGACCUUUACUCUGGGGUUGUAACUGUAUCCGGAGAUGGUCUGAUACACGAGGUUUUGAAUGGAUUGUCGAUGCGAGAAGAUUGGGAGGAGAGGAGAAGAAAAUUCCCAAUUGGUUUUGUUCCAGGCGGGAGUGGGAAUGCUAUCCACUGUUCCCUGCUCUACCAGCAAGAUGAAGAUUUCCGUGAUGAACUCCUCGUAUCCUCCCUUAAUCUAUCCAGAGGAGUUUCCAAACCUGGAGAUUAUUUAGAGUGUGAAACUGAGGAGAAAAGUUUUCUAUCAAUGUUUGGAGUUGCCUGGGGGCUUGUUCCAGACUGUGAUCUAGGAUCAGAGGUGAUCCGUUGGGCCGGUUUCUUGCGUGUAUAUAUCUGGUUACUUUUCCGGAUACUGAAUCCAACCUUCUACAGGGGAUAUGUUCAUUAUCUCCCACUACAACCUGAUACAGAGAAACCUUAUCCUUUACCUGAUAUUCAUCAACCUGUUCCUAAACAUUGGACUUCUAUACAAGGAGAUUUUUUAACAGUGUACGCUCUUCGACAAAGCUGGGUAGAUUAUUCUACACAAAUCCUAGACGAUGCAAGACUAGACGAUGGUAUCAUACAUCUAGUAAUAGUUCGAGUUUUGUCUCGAGUUGAGAUGCUUAAUUGGUUUCUAGGUCUAGGAAACCAUAAAGAUACUAAUCAUGGUUUAACCACCAUUAUUCCAGUAUCUGCAUUCAGGUUUGAGAUGGAAAAUAUUAAUGAUCCCUUGACGGUUGAUGCUGAGCGAUUAACCUGUAAAAAAGUUCAGGGCCGUAUUAUUCCUUCUGGACUCAGACUCCUAGUUAAGGAGGAUACACAGGAGAACCAGGUGAAUCAGGAGAACCAGGAGAACAAGGAGAACAAGGAGAACAAGGAGAACAAGGAGAAAAAGGAGGACAAGGAGAACAAGAAUACCCAGGAGAAUCAGGAGAACAAGAAUACCCAGGAGAACCAGGAGAACAUAGACAACCUUAGAUGACUUCAGGGUUGGUCUAAAAUGAUGGAAUUGAGAAGAUGAACUUUACACAAACAAUGGAAAUUCCAACUCAAUUUAAUAAAUAUUUUUGAAAUACUUAUA